CAGCAGGAACCACAACAAAACGCCAGCAGGGCGGGCGGGCGCGCAGCAGCAGCGGGGCGGCCGAGGCAGUAGCGGCGGCGGCAGCAGCAGCGGCGGCGGUGGCCGGUGCCCGCCUUAGGCUCGGUUCCCGCGACCCCGGGGCGCCCAGCGGGCCCCCCGCCCCCUCCCCCUCCCCCCUUCCCCUUCCCCUUCCCCUCCCCGCGCUCUUGCGCUCCCCACGGCCCUCGGCGAGCAGCUCGGCUCCCCCCAGCGCUCCCCGGGCCCAAAGAUAUGGCAAUGGUAGUUAGCAGCUGGCGAGAUCCGCAGGACGACGUGGCCGGGGGCAACCCCGGCGGCCCCAACCCCGCAGCGCAGGCGGCCCGCGGCGGCGGCGGCGGCGGCGCCGGGGAGCAGCAGCAGCAAGCGGGCUCCGGCGCGCCGCACACGCCGCAGACCCCGGGCCAGCCCGGAGCGCCUGCCACCCCCGGCACGGCAGGGGACAAGGGCCAGGGCCCGCCCGGCUCGGGCCAGAGCCAGCAGCACAUUGAGUGCGUGGUGUGCGGGGACAAGUCGAGCGGCAAGCACUACGGCCAAUUUACCUGCGAGGGCUGCAAAAGUUUCUUCAAGAGGAGCGUCCGCAGGAACUUAACUUACACAUGCCGUGCCAACAGGAACUGUCCCAUCGACCAGCACCACCGCAACCAGUGCCAAUACUGCCGCCUCAAGAAGUGCCUCAAAGUGGGCAUGAGGCGGGAAGCGGUUCAGCGAGGAAGAAUGCCUCCAACCCAGCCCAACCCAGGCCAGUAUGCGCUCACCAACGGGGACCCCCUCAACGGCCACUGCUACCUGUCGGGCUACAUCUCGCUGCUGCUGCGCGCCGAGCCCUACCCCACGUCGCGCUAUGGCAGCCAGUGCAUGCAGCCCAACAACAUCAUGGGCAUCGAGAACAUCUGCGAGCUGGCUGCACGCCUGCUCUUCAGCGCCGUCGAGUGGGCUCGCAACAUCCCCUUCUUCCCGGAUCUGCAGAUAACCGACCAGGUGUCCCUGCUGCGCCUCACCUGGAGCGAGUUGUUUGUGCUCAACGCGGCCCAGUGCUCCAUGCCGUUGCACGUGGCACCGCUGCUGGCCGCCGCCGGCCUGCACGCCUCGCCCAUGUCAGCCGACCGCGUCGUGGCCUUCAUGGACCACAUCCGCAUCUUCCAGGAGCAGGUGGAGAAGCUGAAGGCGCUGCACGUCGACUCGGCCGAAUACAGCUGCCUCAAAGCCAUCGUGCUGUUCACGUCAGACGCCUGUGGCCUAUCGGAUGCCGCCCACAUCGAAAGCCUGCAGGAGAAGUCGCAGUGUGCGCUGGAGGAGUACGUGAGGAGCCAGUACCCCAACCAGCCGAGCCGCUUUGGCAAAUUGCUGCUGCGAUUGCCCUCGUUGCGCACGGUGUCCUCCUCCGUCAUCGAGCAGCUCUUCUUCGUCCGUUUGGUAGGUAAAACCCCCAUCGAAACUCUCAUCCGUGAUAUGUUACUGUCUGGGAGCAGCUUCAACUGGCCUUACAUGUCCAUCCAAUGCUCCUAGACCUCGGGCGCUUCCCACCUGCCCCCGCCCCCCUAGAGACUCGAAGGAUCGGCCUGAGCCAAGGACUCCAAAGCCGCCGGGACGCCUGGGCGGCUGACACAUGGGGUGCGGCGGGCCAGGCAGGCCAGGAGGGGGGAGGCGGGCUGGGACAGGAGCAGCCCACCCUGCAGAAAUGCAACUGAAACUGCAAACCAGGAGAAAAAGAGACUCGUUUAGGAUCAGAACUGUGAGCAAAUUGGAAGGGAAAGAAAAAGGACUUUUGUCGGGUGAGAAAAAAAGAAAGGGAAGAGAGUGUCAUGAGAAUUUUAAUAAAACAGAAGGAGACUAAUGGACCUUCCAGGACUUAUUGUGGACGGAUGUGGAUAUAUUCUGUACAGAAAACACCACACAUGGAAGUGGACUGAACCCUAUGUAGAAACACAUGCGCUCGCGCACACACACAGACACACACAGAGACACACCCUGAACAUUGUUAUUCAUUUUGUAAAAUAUUAGUCUUUAUUUUCAUUUUUGUAAAAUUUAAACAUUGUAUGCGCAUAAAGAAAAAAAACAAGAAUUAGGGGAAAAUAACAUUUUCCAAAUAAUUAUAAAAAUUGUCCUGUGUCUAUGUAUCUAUAUCUGUUUUGUAUUUUUUUCUGGUUCCAAACCAGAUUUCCUGUGAUUCUAUACUAAUAAUUUUUGAUAUAACCCUUUGCUUCUUAUAAUGAGUGCGAUAUAUGUUGUCGAAGCUGUUCUUCAAGAAUUAAAAUUGAAGUGAAAUUUAAACAAAAAUAAAAGAAUUUAGCAAAA